UUUCUGUUGUUUUUCUUUCUCAGAAUCAUCAUUUAAAAUGGGUGCAUAUGCAAGAGAGCCCGAGGUUAUUUCCAAGUCGUGUAAGUCUCGUGGAGACAAUUUACGUGUUCACUUCAAGAACACACGUGAAACGGCGCUGGCUAUUAAACGUAUGACUCUUCGUCGUGCUCAACGAUUCUUGAAGAACGUUACCGAGAAAAAAGAAUGCGUUCCAUUCCGUCGGUAUAAUGGUGGUGUUGGCCGAUGUGCUCAAGCUAAACAGUGGGGAACAUCAAUUGGUCGUUGGCCAAAGAAAUCAGCUGAUUUCCUUCUUCAGUUGUUGAAAAACGCUGAAGCUAAUGCCGAUUACAAAGGAUUGGAUAUUGACAGAUUGGUCAUUGACCACAUUCAAGUCAAUCGUGCUCCAUGUUUACGUCGUCGCACAUAUCGUGCUCACGGUCGUAUUAAUCCUUACAUGUCUUCACCUUGUCACGUAGAACUGACACUUACAGAAAAGGAAGAGAUUGCACCUACGAAACCAGCCGAAGACGAGCCAGCCAAGAAGAAGCAAUCGAAAAAGAAGCUUCAAAAGCAAAAGGAGAAAAUGAUGCGUAAUGAAUAAGCUUAGCGUCAUUGGAAUAAUUUUCUUGUGUUUUCUAAUUGAGAUCAUUCAACAUCAAUAAAAAGGUCCUUGAUACAAACAAAAAUAAAUAAAAAUUUGGCUUUUAGAAAAAUU